AUGCCUCUAGGUGUUAUACAAGUGGAUGGGCAGCAUGCCCCUGGUACCGUCCUGUUGAUUAAUCAAACAGCGGGAGAUGGUUUUCUCCAAGAAAAGCACGACACUGGCAAGAAUACAAACGUUAUUCUUGUUCCUCAACCCUCCAAUAGUCCAAAUGACCCGUUGAACUGGCCGCAAUGGAAGAAGAACUUGGCGUAUGCUGUUAUAUUUGCCAAUUCUAUUAUUUAUGCUUCGAUUCCGGCACCACUUAUUGCCCCAUCUACCGUCUUAUUGUCGCAAUCACUUGGGCGAUCAAUUAAAGACGUUUCAAUGCUAACCGCAUAUCAACUGCUUCUAUGUGCAUGUUACGGACCGAUUGCCUCCGCCUUGGCACAUAAAUACGGGAAACGGCCACAAUUUAUCUUUGGCGCUGUUAUGGGGAUGGUUGGGACAAUCGUCUGUUGCACUACUACCUAUAGCUAUCGUGUCUUGUUAGCCGGCCGGAUCAUCCAAGGUGUUGGCUCAUCGGUGUUUGAGAGUCUGUCAAUGGCGGUUAUUGGUGAUCUGUUCUUCGUCCACGAGAGAUCGUUUCGUGCUAGUCUACUGGUGAUGACAUGGACCUGUAUUAUCUCUCUCGUCUCAAUUCUAGGUGGCCUGAUAACUGAGGAGCUUGGCUGGAGAUAUGUGUUUCUAAUUCAUCUACCCUUCACCAUUGUCGGAGUGAUUGCAACUUUCCUCUUGCUUCCAGAAACCCAGUAUCAGAGCGACCCAGACGACAUAGCGGGGGCCCCGGAAGAGACUCAAGUGGAAGAUAAGGGACGCAACGAGAUCAGCCACGAACAUGACGAACUACCAGAUAGGGAAAAUGGAGGGGUACCAUCAUCAUCAACAGAGAUGAAGAAGACAUUUGUGCAGGAACUUGCUAUUUACAGCAGGACGUUCAGUGACACCAACUUAUUCAAGCUGGUUUUUGCCCCCUUUGGCGUGCUUCUGAAUCCUGCAGUUAUAUGGUUAACUAUUGUGGGUAGCGUGUGCAUUGCUCUCUAUGUCGCUCUCUCCUAUAUUCUCGCUCAAAUAUGGUCACCUCCUCCGUAUAAUCUAAAUGCCAGGCAAAACGGUACUUUUUACGUUGGUGCAUUGAUCGGAGGGCUGCUGAGCAGCACAGUGAGCCCAUGGGUGGGGGAUAUAAUCACCACGAAGAUGACCAAGUGGAACCAAGGAGUAUAUGAGCCAGAGUUCCGCAUCCCAAUGAUAAUAUUUGCUACUCUAUUCUGUGGCAUCGGAUGGUUUGUCUUUAUGUGGGAUCUUGACAACCCAACACCCCAUGGUUAUUAUCUAGGCGCGUUCUGUCACGGCUGUCUCUGCGCUGGUACAACUAUCGGCAUGACCGUUGCCAACCUUUACAUCCUUGAUGCCUUCCGUGAAAGCUCCACAGAGAUCUUCGUUCUCGCGAUGGCAUCCAAGAACUUCCUCUUCUACGGGUUUUCUGAAUUCAUCAACGACUGGACAGAGCGACAGGGCCCGAGUGAGGUUUUAAGGGUUUUCGGGAUUGUGACAAUGUGUAUCAUGGCUACUUCACUUGUGUUGUGUAAGUUUGACUAG